ACAAAUAAAAGGACAAGGGGUGUGUGCACUCACUGCAGCACUGGUAACAGUUCACCAGAAAGUUUCAGUUUUCUAAGCAUUAACUGUUGCAAUUACCUUUGCAUCCCAUCAGUUUCAGAUAGUAAAAUAUUUCUGCAGAUGCAUCCUACUACAUGGUUUUGUUAUUGUAAAGGAAGCAGCAGCAGCAGCAACAAUUCCUUCUUUCUUUCAUGCUGUGUCUCAUCAUGGCUUCUUUCUUCUUUAGCAUGGCUGUAUCAUUUGAGCCACUAAAGCCCUUCUUGCCCUUGUGAUUGUGAGCAAAACUCUUGAUGCUUCCCAGCUCCCAAAUGGCCAUACAACUCACGCUCCUACUCAUUUCAUGUAGCCUUUACAGUAUGUAUUCUUCUUCUUCUUCCUCAUCCUCUUCUUCUUUCUCCACAUCCUCCUCUCUUGCAUUGCUGCUUCUGCUCGUUAUCUCCACCUGCCUCUCCUUUCUCUUCUCGAACCUCAGACAGCUGAUCAAAACCAGCUGCAGCCACAAAACUUCCAUGGAGGAAGAGGCUGUUCAUCAUCCAGACAAAAGCGCCAUGCCACAAGAUGAUGAGGUGUCUGCGGAGGACUCAGGAAGCCUCUCAGGGUCUUCUGGUUGCCAGGUGAGCGAAGAAUGGACCGAGGAAGCCUCAGUUUCUGACGACGACGAGGACGACGAGAGCCUUAUCGAGAUCUCCCUUGUUGAUGGGCACUAUGUGGGGCAAGAGAAGCAAUGUCCCAGCUGGAAGAAGGAGCAGGACCUCGUCGCUAGUUUCCUGCCGGAUUUGAUGCUUGACAAGAGGGACUUCAUGGACAUCUACUCGGAGAUUAGUGAAGACGACAACAUGAUCGAGAUCGACAUUGCAAGGGGCUCCAUCAAGUGCACAAACUUUGGCAUCAAAGCAUGAGUUUACCAGAGGUUUGGUGAAGUUAAAAUAUUUCUCUGAAUUGCUCCCUUUCAUCAGGAAAAGGGAGUGAUAGUAGGUUGUACUGGACUACAUACAUGUGGUUUAGUGCCUUGCUUUUUUCUUACAAGAGCUCAGUUUUCAUUUGUGAUUCUUCGGUGGAAGUCUUGCUACAUCUCUUUUGCUUCGCUUUCUGAAUAUUAUUGUAGAAGAAAUAAUAUGCGUGCACAUAUUCUGAUCAAAGAGGUUUAUAAGGAAAUAACGUGCGUGUGCAUGGCCCUUCUUUUCA